AUGGGGAAGGCGGGAAGUCCACGCCUUUCCCAAGCAACCAAAUUACUGAUUCAAGAAGAGGUUCACAGGCUACCAGUAUAUGAAGAAAAGAGGCAUAGCGUUCUUUUUGUUAUUACAAAGAAAAGGUUGUUACAGUAUUUGUAUAAUAAUUUAAUCGAAAAAUUUGAUAAAAGCAAUGUGAAAACACCUGGCUUUCUCAAAAAGACAAUAGGUGAACUCAAACUUGGAUCAUGGGAAAACAUAGUUAAGGUUACUUUCAAAACUAGAGUUAUAGAAGCCUUAGACCUUUUUAUUGAAAAAAAUGUAUCUGCUCUUCCAGUAGUUGAUGAUGAUGAUAAAUUAAUUGACUUAUUUGCCAAGUUUGAUGUGUUUGCGCUAGCCAAAGAAAAGACAUACCACAAUCUUGAACUAACGAUUUCAGAAACUAUAGAUAAAGCAGAAGUACACGAAGGAGUAUAUGUAUGUACAGUUGAUGAAACUUUAGAAACUGUGAUAGACAAAUUUGUUACUGUAAAAGUUCAUCGGUUAGUGAUAACUGAUGGCAAACGAACGGUGCUGGGUAUUAUAUCCUUAUCAGAUGUGCUAAAAUUCUUGGUUUUGCAAUCUGCUGGUGAAUGUAAUUUACUUGCUGCAGAUAUCAUCGAAGAAGGACCAGAAGGAGCCAUUGGAGGGAUCGAAUCAGACAGUGUGUUCUAUGGCUCGCUGGCCGAUGCUUCUUCUGCUUUAAAGCAAUCAACCAGCUUCGAGGAAGAAGAGCCCUGUGAUCUGUCGGAAGACCUUGUGAAGUUGCAAGUGGAGUCACAAAGUGCAUGUGAAGCUGCUCUGGAGAGUGUGGAAGACGAAAACGAGCAGAGUGAUGCUUGA